AUGUCCGAACCCUCGAAUUCCAAUCCAGACCCGGAGGAUUCCAGACAACCCACUCCCCUGCGCCGGGAACGGGCCCCGACCAUCACCAUCGACACCUCUGCCGUAACCCCGGACAGCCCUCAACCUCGGCAGGUACAACCAAGUGCUCCUCAACCAUCCUUGCGAGUGUCGACGGGCAAUGACAAUUCCGACACCAGUGCCCUUUUGAACAACGGCAGUGUUUCUCCUUCGGACGGCCCGCCGUCGUCCAUUCGCUCGUUCACCUCGUCCGAGCCGCGAGAGCACGAUAGCCGUCCAACGUCUCCCCACAACUUCUCCUCACCAGCCUCCAAGCUGACGGAAAGCAUGCAGCACUCCAACUACCUGGCUGUCCCCGGUGCCAGAUCCCGCGGCAACUCCAUUGAGUCUGAGGACACCAGUCCCUCUGCCAGCUCGUACGGUGGGGACACCUAUGUCCCCGAUCGAUCUCAGAACUCCCGCUCCGAUCUGACCAAGGAUCACCUCGAGAGCGCUGAAGACGCCCUUAAGCCUGAACCCGGCCACGAAAGCGAAUUCGAGGUGGACGAUAACAGCUUUGCCUUUUCGCCAGGCCAGCUAAACAAGCUGCUGAACCCCAAGAACCUUGGCGCUUUUCACGCCGUGGGUGGGUUGCGUGGUCUUGAAAAGGGUUUGCGCACUGACCUUGCUAGCGGACUGAGCGUGGACGAAUCAACCCUGGAAGGAACGGUAAAUUUCGAGGAGGCGACGGCCGCGGCGGCGGCUGACUCUCCAACAUCGUUGCCCAAAUCGGGUGCUCAGGUCCAAGAGCAGCAAGUUUCCAGGCCCGGGUCAUCCAAGUCAAGUGACGAGUCGUACGCGGAGCGUAAGCGUGUCUACGGGCCCAACAGACUUCCCGAGAGGAAAGCGAAAAGUAUCUUCGAACUGGCGUGGAUUGCGUACAACGACAAGGUCUUGAUUCUGCUGACUAUUGCCGCUAUCAUUUCGCUUGCACUCGGUAUUUACCAGUCUAUCACUGCUACUGACGGCGAGGCACGAGUGCAAUGGGUCGAGGGCGUGGCUAUUAUCGUCGCCAUUCUGAUUGUGGUUAUUGUUGGUGCGGCCAAUGAUUGGCAGAAGGAACGACAGUUUGUGAAGUUGAACAAGAAGAAGGAUGAUCGCCACGUCAAAGUGAGCCGGUCCGGAAAGACGGCGGAGAUCUCCAUCUUCGAUGUCCAGGUGGGUGAUGUUAUGCACCUGGAGCCAGGUGAUUUGAUUCCCGUCGACGGCAUCUUUAUCGGUGGUCAUAAUAUCAAGUGCGACGAGUCGUCUGCAACAGGUGAAUCGGACCUCCUGCACAAGACCAGUGGUAACGAUGUCUUUCGUGCAAUUGAGGACAAUGAAAGUCUCAAGAAGAUGGAUCCGUUUAUUAUCUCUGGCUCUAAAGUGUCUGAAGGUGUUGGUACUUUCCUCGUAACUGCUGUCGGUGUUCAUUCAAGCUACGGAAAGACGAUGAUGUCUCUCCAAGACGAGGGUCAGACUACGCCUUUGCAAUCGAAGCUCAAUGUGCUCGCGGAAUACAUCGCCAAACUCGGUCUGGCAUCGGGCUUGCUGUUGUUCGUCGUCCUUUUCAUCAAGUUCCUUGCUCAGCUGAACGACUAUGAAACUCCCGACAAAAAGGGUCAAGCUUUCCUGCAGAUCUUCAUCGUUGCUGUGACGGUUGUUGUUGUCGCUGUACCCGAAGGCUUGCCUCUGGCUGUCACUUUGGCACUGGCUUUUGCUACGACACGUAUGUUAAAGGACAACAACCUGGUCCGUCUGCUGCGGGCCUGCGAGACCAUGGGUAAUGCGACGACUAUUUGCUCUGAUAAGACAGGAACGCUCACAGAGAACAAAAUGUCCGCCGUUUCAGCUACUCUGGGAACAAAGUUGAAGUUUGGAGAAAAAUCUCAGAAGGAUGGAUUGAACGCCGACAAUGCAGACAACGACGAGCAGAACUCGAGCGGAUUGCCCAAUGACAUGUCGCCUUCGGAAUUUGCGUCUAGCAUUUCCGCUCCCGCCAAGGACCUUCUGCUCCAGUCUAUUGUGCUCAACUCUACUGCUUUCGAGGGCGACCACGAAGACGGAGGAACGACUUUUAUCGGAUCCAAGACGGAGACUGCUUUGCUUGGGUUUGCGCGGACGUAUCUUGGCAUGGGACCAUUGGGUGAGGCAAGGUCUAACGCGACAAUUGUCCAAAUGGUCCCGUUCGACUCGGGUCGCAAAUGCAUGGCUGUGAUAAUCAAACUCGGCAAUGGAAAGUAUCGAAUGUUGGUCAAGGGUGCGUCGGAAGUUUUGGCGUCCAAGGCAACUCGUAUCGUCCGUGAUCCGACAAAAGACAUCACCGAAGCGCCCAUGUCCGAGGAGGAUCGCUCGACCUUGGACAAUAUCAUGAUGAAAUACGCCUCUCGUUCGCUGCGGCCCAUCGGAAUGCUGUACCGUGACUACGAACAGUGGCCACCCCGCGGGGCGCCAAUGGAGGAAGACCGUAAGACCGUUGACUUUGACCAGAUCUUCAAGGACAUGACAAUGUUUGGUGUCUUUGGUAUCCAGGAUCCUCUACGUCCUGGUGUCGCAGAGGCUGUGCACCAAUGUCAGAAAGCUGGUGUCUUUGUGCGAAUGGUUACUGGUGACAACCUCAUGACAGCUAAGGCUAUCGCACAGGAGUGUGGAAUUUUCACCGCGGGAGGUAUCGCUAUCGAAGGUCCCAAGUUCCGCCAGCUCAGCACUCGUCAAAUGAACCAGAUCAUUCCCCGUCUGCAGGUCGUUGCCCGGUCCAGUCCCGAUGACAAAAAGAUUUUGGUUUCCCGGCUCAAGGCUCUUGGUGAGACUGUUGCUGUUACGGGUGAUGGUACCAAUGAUGCCCAGGCGUUGAAGACGGCUGAUGUUGGUUUCUCGAUGGGUAUCACCGGAACGGAAGUGGCCAAGGAGGCAUCUGAUAUUAUUCUGAUGGACGACAACUUCGCUUCAAUCGUCAAGGCCAUGUCUUGGGGUCGUACUGUCAACGAUGCCGUGAAGAAGUUCUUGCAGUUCCAACUUACGGUCAACAUCACUGCGGUCCUUCUCACAUUUAUCUCUGCAGUCGCUAAUAAUAGAGAGGAAUCUGUUCUUACAGCCGUGCAGCUGUUGUGGGUUAACCUGAUUAUGGAUACAUUCGCUGCUCUUGCAUUGGCAACCGAUCCCCCGUCUCCCCAUCUGCUCAACCGCAGGCCCGAACCGAAGUCCGCGCCCCUCAUCAGUCUAUCAAUGUGGAAGAUGAUGAUUGGACAAAGUAUCUAUCAACUGGUUGUCACGCUUGUUUUGAACUUUGCUGGAAUGUCAAUCUUUGACUACACGACCGAGCACGAAGCGGACCAGCUCGAAACCGUGGUGUUCAAUACUUUUGUCUGGAUGCAAAUUUUCAACCAGUGGAACUCUCGUCGCAUUGAUAACGGUCUCAACAUCUUUGAUGGCAUUUUCCGCAACAGGUGGUUUAUGGCUAUUCAGUUCAUUAUCGUCGGUGGUCAGGUUUUGAUCAUCUUCGUUGGUGGACAAGCCUUUUCGGUCGAGCGUCUCAGUGGCUCACAGUGGGGUGUCUCGCUUGUUCUGGGUGUGAUAUCUCUGCCGGUUGCCAUCAUUAUCAGGUUAAUCCCGGAUGAGUUCGUUGCCAGACUGAUUCCGACAUUCUGGCGUCGGAAGAAGGGCCCCGAGCUCAUGAUCUCCGAUACAGAAGACCAGAGGCGAUUCCAGUGGAAUCCAGCCUUGGAGGAAAUCCGCGACCAGCUGAAGUUCAUCAAGACACUCCGCGGAGGUCGCUUACAUCAUCUGAAGCAUAAGCUCCAACACCCACAAGAACUCCUCCCUCGCUCCCGCAGCGGCUCACGAUCUCGCGAAGACUCACCCCCUUCGACCCCCACUGGCGAAAACAGUAACGGCUCACUGUCUCCCCAACCACCGCCUAGCCCCGAUUCCCGCUCUCGCCGCCGAACCCGCUCCCGCUCCAGUUCUGCCUUUGGCCCAGCCGCUGCCAUGGCUGGUGUUGUUGCAGGUAGUAUUGCGGGUUGGUCACCUAUCGAGCGUCCACAUGAGGAAACAGAGGCCAUCAAGUUUACCAACGAUGCGCCGCAUCGCGGACUGGACCGGCAGCAGGGCAUUGAGAUUCAUCCCGAGACUGCGGCGGAUGACCAGGUCGUGGGGGAAUACAACGCUACAUCGACUACGCCACCUAGUCAAAAUCCAGACUUGAUCCCAUUCUUUGAACAUGCACCACCUACACGUGCACCGUCCAGUCGGAGUAACAGGUCGAGGUCGAGAUCUAGUCAAGGCUAG